CUGCUGCUGGCCUCAGACACUUCCCACCUCUGCCUGCCAGUGUCAGUCAGCAUCAAAGCCCCUCUGGGGCACACAGGACUGAGUAGAGGAUCCUGAGGGGAGAAUCUCCUCUCUGGGAAGAUGAACUGAGCUGAACUAAGUCACAGGGAGAUGAUGAAUGCACCCAGGCAGGUGGCUGGUCCCUUGGAAAUGGCCUGGCUGUGGCUGCCCUGUCUUCUGCUUCCUGCCCUUAUGGAGUCUGUGGCAGCCAAUGUGCCCCCGAAGUUUCUGGCCAACAUGACAAGUGUGACCCUGCCUGAGGACCUACCAGUGGGUGAUGAGGCCUUCUGGUUGGUAGCUGAAGACCCGGAUAAAGACCCUUUGACCUAUGGGAUUAGUGGCCCUUAUGCCUAUUUCUUCUCUGUCAACAAAGACACUGGGGAAGUGAAGCUGGCGAGCCCCCUGGACUUUGAGACGCACUACUUUUUUAGCGUCACAAUCUCUGUGACUGACAACUACAACGACGUGGUGCAGAAGCAACUGCACGUGGUGGUGGACGACCGAAAUGACAACCCACCUGUUUUCAAGGACACUGUGUUCGCUACCAGCAUCAGUGAGACUCUGCCAGUCGGCUCCGUGGUGUUCUCUGUGGUGGCCACCGAUCCAGAUACUGGCUCAGGGGGCUUGGUGCAGUACUACAUAGACAAGGUCAUCCCUAGUACCCCAGACAGCGAGCAUCUCUUCAAGAUCUUGGAAAAUGGCUCCAUUGUGCUCAACAACAGCCUCAACUACAAUAGCAAGAGUCCCUUCUACCAGCUGGAGCUGAAGGCCUGCGACUCAGGCGGCAAGUACAACAACACCCUCGUCACACACUGCUCCCAGCCUGUCUUUCUGUCCAUCUCCGUGAUUGACCAGCCAGACCUGGACCCCCAGUUUCUUAGGGAGUUUUACUCAGGCUCUGUGUAUGAGGAUGCAACUGUGAACACCCCGGUGCUGACGGUGCAGGCUGUGGAUGGAGACAGAGGCAUCAAUGAUGUGAUAAUCUACAGCAUCUCCAAUUCCACGAGGCCUGGAUGGUUUGCUAUUGGGGACAAUGGCAUCAUCAGGGUCAAUGGCUCCCUGGACCGUGAGCAACUCCUAGAUGAGAAUGAGGAAGUGCAGGUGGAGGUUAUGGCCAUGGAGAAGAAUCUCAAUAUCUAUGGACAAGAGGCCAAGGUGAGCACAUGGGUCACAGUAACAGUGUUGGAUGUCAAUGACCACAAACCGGAGUUUUAUAGCUGCGUCCUCCAAGACUGCUCCUUUACCCCCCAAGAAGCCCAAGACAAUUUCACUGCCUAUGUGGAUGAGCAUGCCUCCACCCGCAUCCCUGUUGACAAUCUCACCAUGGUCGUCUAUGACCCAGACAAGGGCAACCAUGGCACCUUUCUGCUGACCCUGAAGGGCCCCAACGCUGAAGCCUUCAGUGUCUCCCCUGGGAGGGCAGUGGGCUCAGCUGAAGUGCAGGUGCUGGUGAGAAAUUCAGAGAUGGUGGACUACGAGAACCAGAGUGUGAUGCUGGUGCAGGUUGUGGCCACUGACUCGGUCAGCAGGAACUUCUCUGUUGCCAUGGUGACCAUCCAUCUUAGAGACAUUAAUGACCAUAGGCCCACAUUCCCCCAGAGAUUGUAUGUCCUCAGUGUGCUGGAGAACAGUGCCACAGGCUCUGAGGUCACCAACAGCAUACAUGCCGAAGACCCAGACACAGGUGCAUGGGGCAACAUCACCUACAGCCUGCUCCCAGGGAACGGGGUAGAGCUCUUUGAGGUGGAUCCGGACUCAGGGAUGGUGACAGUGAGGAAUGGCACGCUACUGGACCGGGAGAGGCAGGCCGUGUACUACCUCACACUGCAGGCCACAGAUGGGGGCGGCCUAUCUGACACCACCAUGCUGCAGAUCCACCUGCUGGAUGUGAACGACAACCCCCCUGAGGUCACUGGCUCCUACAACAUCUUCAUCCCGGAGGAAGAGGGCGAUGUCCAUGUGACCAUCCAGGCCUAUGACAACGAUGAACCAAACACCAACAACAGCCGCCUGUUCUUCAGCCUGCUCCCUGGGCCCUACAGUCAGAACUUCUCAGUGGAUCCCGACACUGGGCUCCUGAGGAACGUGGGGCCCUUGGACCGUGAGGCCAUUGACCCAGCCCUAGGGGGCCGCAUCGUGCUGACUGUGCGUGUGGCUGACUACGGUGUGCCUCAACUCAGCACUGAAGUCAAUGUCACUGUCACUGUGGAGGACAUCAAUGACAACCUGCCUAUCUUCAACCAGUCCAGCUACCAAUUCUUUGUGAAGGAGAGGGAUCCAGGAGCGCUGGUGGGUAACGUGGAAGCCUGGGAUACAGACCAGACAGAAGCCAACAACCGCAUCAGCUUCAGCCUGUCAGGGGCGGGUGCCAACAACUUCAUACUCCGAGGUGUGGUGCUAGGAUUUGGGAGGGCCAAGGGCGAACUCUCGCUGCCCUCAGACAUAAGUCUGGACUAUGAGGUCCAGGACUUCUUCCAGCUGGUGGUGAGUGCCGAGAACCCAGCCACCCAGGAGUAUAAGGCCACUGCAGAAGUCAGAGUGACUGUGGUGGAUGUGAAUGACGAGCCGCCCACUCUGGUCGAAGCCUCACUGCAGGGCAUCUCCGUGGCUGAGAAUGGCUCACAGCAUGGUGAAGUGGCUGUGGUGGUUGCCCAGGAUGUGGACACUGGGGCCCAGCUGGAGAUACAGCUGAUGAACGUCAUCUGCACCAAGGCCGGGGUUGACAUGGGCAGCAAGUGUCAAGGCUGGUUCUUGGUAGUAGCCAACGGGUCUGUGUACAUCAAUCAGAGCGAGGCCAUCGACUACGAGGCCUGUGACCAGGUAACACUGGUAGUGCGGGCCUACGACCUCAAUACGGAUCCCGGCUUCCAGGCCUACAGCAUAAAUGGAAGCCUCACCAUCACCAUUGAGGACGUGAAUGACAAUGUGCCCUAUUUUCUGCCGGAAAGUGAGACUUUUGUGAUCAUCCUGGAACUCGUGAGACCCAACCAGCAGGUGGCUUCUGUUCGAGCCAGAGAUGCUGACUCAGGGAACAAUGGGGCCAUCCAGUUCUCCAUCCUCCAAGUGAACUUCAUCUCUAAGGAUGGUACCACGAAGCCUAUCCAGGGCUUCUUCCAGAUCUCCACAUCCUCAGAGGCUGGCGUGUUUAUUGGCAACAUUGUGUUAGUGACCAACCUCGAUCCCACUCUCCAAGGCACUUACCAGGUGACAGUCAUGGCCCAGGACAGACCUUCAGUGGGUCCUGCGCUGGAAGCCACAGUCCCUCUAAAUCUCUUCACGGUGAACCAGAAUUAUCGUGUGAGGCUGCAGUUCUCCACGUUGAAGGAGGAGGUGGGCACCAACGUGGAGCAGAUUAAGGCGGCCCUGACUCAGGCAACCAAGACUUCAGUCUACAUUGUGAACAUUCAGGACAUAGACUCCUUGGCCAGGGCCCAAGCCCACUCCUACAUUGAUGCCUACUUUGUCUUCUCCAAUGGGACAGCCCUGACCCUGAAUGAGCUGAGUCUGAUGAUCCGGCAAGACCAGGGAGCACUCACACAGCUGCUGCAGAUGGGGCUGGUGGUGCUGGGCUCCCAGGGGGAUCAGGAGUCUGACCAGCCUAAACUGCUCACCAGUGCUGUCAUAGGAUUGACAGUGGCUUUGGUGCUGGUCCUUGUGGUCAUGAUUGUGGCCCUUGUGUGUGUUCAGAAAAGCAACAACCGGAAGCUUCGGGCUAUGAAGGCUAGCAAGGAGGCUCAGAAGACCGCGGCGGGGGUGGUGCCUUCGGCCCCUGCCAUGCCUGGGACCAAUAUGUACAACACUGAGCGGGCCAACCCCAUGCUGAACCUCCCCAUUGAGGGCUUGGAGUACCUUGCUUCCUCCAGCGAAUUGGACCACGUCAGCCUCAACUCCCUGGACGACAAUUCUGUGGACCUGGACAGGAACAGUCAGGAAACCAAGAAGGAGUCUCUGAACAGUGUGCCAGCACCACAUCCCGAGCCUGAGCCCCUGAAGGCCGUGCUGUCAGGAAGAAAGGCAGACCCAAGGGGACAGCAGCGGGAGGGCUUGUCCUUCAUCAACACUAGUCUGGACACCACAGACCUGUGAUGGAGGCCCCACUUUCCAGCAUCCCGGAAAACACACCCACUCUUCUCUACACCCACUCCUCUCUUGAUGUGAUAAUAUAUGGUAUUGCUUUGC